UCACUCAUGUAACCUAAGCAAGAAGAUGGCUGUGUUAUGCGAUAAUAGCAAGAUAGCACGUGAUGGAACAAAGUAAAAGCAAAGCGACCAGGAACUCGUUCACCAUAACCUCUUUUACAGAGUCCAGAGGUGCGGCUUAACAAAAGGUACACAGGCCAUGAUGUUCGGGAGCUUGCUGUUUGUCGUGUGUUGUAGCACAGCACUGGCCUAUUUCAACACCAAUCUAGACCAGCACUGGGAGCUGUGGAAGAAGACCCAUAAGAAGUUUUACUCCAGUAAAGAUGAAGAACUGGGCAGGAGGGAGCUAUGGGAGAAAAACCUUGAACUUAUCACCCGUCACAACCUGGAGGCCUCCAUGGGUCUGCAUUCAUAUGACCUGGGCAUGAACCACAUGGGUGACAUGACAACAGAGGAGAUUCUGCAAAAGUUAGCCGCAACUCGUGUCCCUCCUAACUAUAAGAGGCAAACACCAGAAUUUGGGAGCUAUUCUAGAGCUCCUGUCCCAGACUCUCUGGACUGGAGAGAGAAGGGAUAUGUCACCAGUGUGAAGAUGCAGGGUGCCUGUGGUUCAUGUUGGGCGUUCAGCUCCGUCGGGGCUCUUGAAGGUCAGUUGAUGAAAACCACAGGAAAGCUGGUCGACCUCAGUCCUCAGAAUCUGGUGGACUGUUCCUCCAGAUAUGGCACCCAUGGCUGUAGUGGUGGUUGGAUGAAUGAAGCAUUCCAGUAUGUUAUUGAUAAUGGUGGAAUAGACUCAGAGUCAUCUUACCCUUAUGAAGGAGUGCAAGGGCAGUGCAGAUACAAUCCAUCCCAGCGUGCAGCAAACUGCACCAAAUACUAUUCUGUCAGUCAGGGAGAUGAGGAGGCCCUGAAGCAGGCUGUUGCCAACGUCGGACCCAUUUCAGUGGCCAUCGACGCCACCCGCCCUCAGUUUAUCCUGUACCGUAGUGGAGUGUACAAUGAUCCAUCCUGCAGCAAAAUCAUAAAUCAUGCAGUGCUGGUUGUGGGAUACGGUGCGAUUGCUGGACAGGACUUUUGGCUGGUCAAAAACAGUUGGGGUACUGGAUUUGGAGAUGGUGGCUACAUCCGUAUGGCCAGAAACCAGAACAACAUGUGUGGCAUCGCCUCGUAUGCCUCCUAUCCAAUUAUGUAACCAAAACGCUAAAUAUAGAUAAGAUGUAAGAAAUGUAUUAUUUUAUAAUCUAAUUUCUUAGCUGAUGAUGCAUGUUCUCUAUACUGUUUUUCUGUCAUGACCACUGUUGUCAAAGAUGACUGACAAUUAGCAUUUUGGAUUGGAAGAAUUGGUUCUGUUCUGGGCAAGAACUCCCUGCGCAUUCAUACAGCCUAGCAUGGAUAAGAGCAGGGAGAGCAGCAAUAAUGCCCCAGGGCAGACAGAAAAACUUAAAUGUAUUACAGAUUUUAUUAAGGUUUAAAAAUGUAAUAUCAUUUUAGAAAUUAGUCAAAUGAGUUAGUUGAUGCAAGCUUGACUAACAUGAUCUGCCAGAAUAGACACUGACAAAUAGACACAAAUAGAAGUAUAGACAUUUGAUUUUUUUUUUCAGUUUCAGUCGUUUUUUUGUUUUGGAAAAAAUCCAGAUGUAUUUUAGGAAUGUAUUAACAUUACAUUUUAAAUCUGUUUUUUUUUUUGUCUUCCAAAGCUCUAAAAAGAAAAAGUACUUUCACUCUAUUCAGUAUGUGUACAAAUGACUUUUUAAUUCAGUGAAACAUCACAACAGUCUCACAUGAGGUAUUAAAGAAUUUUUGAAGAUCAGCACACAGUGUGCAGUUAUGAUUGACAUGUAGAUUGUUGUGUUUUGUUUUAUGCCUUCAGUCUGCGACUGUGAGUGUAUUAUUAACUUUUUAUAUACACUGUUAUUUGUAAGUGCUGUUUAUGUUGUCUUUUGGUAUACAGUUUUGUCCUUAUUAAAGCAUUCUCACACUUUA